AUGUUUGAAACACAGUCAUUUUCCUGCUCUUCUAAAGACAGUAAUGAGCCAUCCCAAGAUCUGAACAAGUGGAUCACCACAAGGCAACGUAGCUGUGCUUUUGUAAAUACUCCAUUACCCUGUAUUAACAAAGCUAUUCAUCAUAUUCAAGAGUUAGAAUUAAAGAUGGAGAAAUGCUUUCAACAGUAUGGUUAUGUGUUGAAGGAGGAGAAAAUACCAUGGGUAACAAAACAGGCCAGCACUGAAUCUAUUAAAGAUAGGUGGUUACCAUUAUCCACUAAGUUGGAUUUUAAAGAAGCUGAUAUAUCUUGUGAAGAUAGCAAGACAUUAACCUUGAAGCAGGAAACAGAGGCUUUGCUACUGGAAGUUACUGAGCUAAUUAAGCGGCUGGAAGCUGAUUGUGAGGAAGCAGAAAAAGCUUUAGAGUUGGAGAAACAGCGAAGGAAAAAGCUUGUCAUGAAAAUUGAUCGUAUGUCACUUUGGAGACUUCAGCAUCUCCCUGCAGCCGUUCAAAAAGAAUAUGAAAUGUGUGUUCAAGAUACCUUGGAGCUACAAUGGCAUUUUGAUUGUAAAAGCCGUCAGCUGCAACAGGUACAGAACAAAAUAUUUAAGACUGAAACAGUCAACAGAAAGAUUCAGGAGGACAUAGACUUCGUGAAGAAACACAGCCCUCUGCUGGAAGAAAAGCUGAAUCUAGAGGGUGAAGCUGUGAAGGAUGUGUUACUGACUUAUGAAAAGACAUCAAAAAUAUACAGUGAUGUUUGUUGUGAACUCAUGGAAAUCCAAAAAGCAAUGAAAAGAAUUGAUGAAGAAUCUGAAACGAAGAUAAAAUCUAUGCAUGAGAAAAUUAAAUAUGCUGAGAUGCUAUUGAGUCAAUACAAGAAUGAGUUAAAGCAUUCUGAAUUUAUUUGGACCGAAUACUGUAUGAAGUUAAAAGAAACAGAGGAGAAGAUUAUAAAGGAUGAAAAACACCUUGAGGAGUUAGUGAAGCAAAAAGCAGAAAUCCAGGAAGAUGCAAAAUGUUGGAACAGCAAAAUAGAAGAUUUGAAUAAUAAAAUAGCUGCCCAAGGAGGUGAGAGCGUAAAAAUAUCAGAUGCUUCUUCUGAAGUGAUUAAAGCUGUGGAGGAAUUAAAAUCCACCGGGGAAAGUGAUCUACAGAAUUUAAAGCAAAAGCUUCUCAAUAUCAGUGAAGCACUGGACAUUUUGAAAUGUGAAAAUGAAGAACUUGAGGGAGAAAAUGAAGAGUUUUUGCAAAAAAUUGGAAAUAGUUCAAAAAAAAAGAAGGCGUAUCAGUCAGAAGUUGAAACUAUCUGCAAAAGCAUGUGUAAGAUUGAACAGCAAAUCGAAAGACUAAAUGAAGAUCUCUGUCGUGCUGAGUUGUCCUACAGUGAAAAAAAAACGAAGUAUGAGGACUUAAAAAAGAACAAAACUGCAGAAAAAAUCUCUUACAAGAAUUCAGAGUGGAAUCUUAAAAAAGAAAUUCAAGAUCAAAAAGGAGCUCGGAAAGUGACUCAGGCCAGGAUUAAAGCAAUAUAUGAUGAGCUAGAUGAAAAGCGAAAAGAGAAACUCAAGAAAAGAGUGGAAGAUAUGAAGAUGAUAGAAGAGAUUGAGAGACAAAUAACUGAUCUAGAAACAAAAUUUAACAGAAAUAAAGAUAUAUUUAAAGACAAAAAUAAGAAGCUCUCCUAUUUGGAUCAGAGAGUACAAGAGCUAGAUAAACAGCAGAAACAAACUGAACGAGAACUGGAACAAAAAAGAAGUAUCAUGCAGCAACAAUUAAACGACAUACAGGAAAAAAUUUCAUUUGCUUCCAGUCAAAUUGCUGAAAACUCUCACAUUACAGAAAAUUUUAAAAAUGAACUUAAGGAACUAAAUGAAUUAUGGAACAUGAAGCAAAUACAGAUGGAAAAUAUAGAAGAAUCUAUCACUGAUUUGCGGAAAAAUUUAACUGGUGUGAUGUUUAAGCAGCAAAAUGUUCAGAUGGUAUUUAAUCAUCUCCAAGAUGAGUUAGCAGAAUAUGAGAAAAGGUUACAGCAUGAAGAAAAAACAUACGGAGAGUUACUACAGAUUAGAAAGAAAAACCUGAAAGAUUCAGAAGCUGCUCUGGAGCAAAUCAUUAAAGAAAAUCUGUCGUUAGCUCAAGAAUAUAAAAUCUUUCAGAACUACUACUUAAACAGUAAAGAAGACCUCACAGAAGUCUAUGACAAUAGAAUCAGGGUGGAAGCUGCUGUUAGAGAUCAUCAGCAGGUAAAGUGCUAA